AUGGCCUCCGCGACCUUGCGGCCAGAUUGGCCACCGGAUAAAUUCAGCAUAAAACGGAAACCACUAUCGAAUCCCAACUUGCGACAGACUGCAAAUGUCCAGUCUUCAGGGGCCCUGGGGCAUGCCGCAACCUCCCCAGCUUUAGUGGCACCUUCUCCAACGCAUAUCUCGCCAUAUAUUGAACUCUAUAAACCAAGAUCACAGCUUCAAGUCCCUGAAACACCCAUCGCAAGACCAAGAUCUGCAGGUGAAAUAUCGACAGUGAAAUUAUCAACAGAACAACCACCACCAACCCCUGUCCGGAAGGCUUAUGGUGAAGCAUGCCACUUUCUUGGAGGGCUAAUCAAUCACCCAACUGAGUCUAACAGACAUGUUACUAUUUUGCGUCAUUCACAUGGCCUGGUGUUUUAUCGUGGAAAUACUACAUCUGUUGCCGUUUCGAUAUUCUCCGAUGCACCCCUGCCACUAGACCGCACCCUUUGGUUACAAAGCAAAGGGUGGUCUGGUAAAACUGGGAUGCGCACGAAGGCACUGCUGAAUCUACGAGACAGCUGGAUUAAUGUAACGCCAACUUUGCCACUACAUGCAAAUCAAACCAACCCGGAUGAUGAACGAGCUUGGCAGCGUGACAUCAAAAAAUUCCGUAAAAAGGCCCCUGCGCGCCCGCGAGACUACCAUCACUUGCGCGAAACAGCGGUCGUGCGAAUUCCCUCGGAGGCUGGCGAUGGGUAUUUCCAGAUUGUCCUCUGCCAGGGACUCAAGAAGAAGGUGCUUGGGAACAGCCCUGUGUUUCGUGUGCUUUCGACAUCGGCAAGCCCGAGCUCUCUUCGUGGUGCCAGCCUGAGCACCCUGCCCCUGGAACUAGGCGCAAUGAUUGCUAGCCUUUACGCACAAACGGCCGCGAAAGCCGUGAUUUCACCCGCUAGUUCAGCUGUGAAAUCCAAAGUCAACCCAUAUCGUCCGGCAUGGUUAACUCAAACUGCGGCACAGACAGCCUAUUCGGCCAGUGGCGCUCAGUCCAAAGUUGCAGGCAUCACGACAGGACUGGCCAGGCCGCCUGGAAAAGUGUCGAUUGAAGAGGAAGUUAAUCCAGUGACCUUUGAAAACGGCUUUUCAUCUAUCGAGCUAGGUCCCCAGCCGCCAUUUCCGAUGUCCUUCAAGGCUCGCGCCGAUACGUCAUGUUCAAAACAACAUGCCAUCACUGGCGAUAAUCUAAUUCUUGUACUCAACAAGGUACCUGACUGGGUGACUCAGCAAUUACGAGGCUAUUUCUUUGGCUGGGCUCGGUUCGACAUUGGCACAAGUAAGGAAUCCACAUCUGGUCCGUGGUCUGCAGCCAUUCUUUCAAUUCGCACCGUAGAUCCCCUACAAGCCGCUCGAGUGGAUAUGGCAAAAGUUGCGAAUCUUGUCGCUCAGCUACGUCUGCUGGAUGAUGUUCCUAUUGAAACAACGAAAGUGGAAACUCGCAUCAUGGGAUUUCUCCGAGUGGAUGUCCCGCCUCCGAUCGGUAAAACAUCUCAAGAAUUAGUAGAAGCCCAGGCAACUGCGGCUGAAGCAGGUGUACUCGCUGAAUCUUAUGAUGAGUUUAUUGUACAAAAUACCUUGGCCCAUAUAGCAUGGUCACCAGAUUCGCAGUCGCAUGGGAAUAUUCAACGACAGGACUCCGGCUGGAUUGAGCGAACCAAGGAAGGUUAUACUGAUAUCCGAAACCGUGGUCAGAAGUGGGUGGAGCAAGUGCCAUUGCAUCGGCUUGGGGUUCGUUCGGCAACAGACCAAGUCAGAGAAAGGCAGGUUGCUGUCAAUGGUUUCUAUAUUGUCAGGUAG